AUGGGUGAGGAGGUCGCCGAGGUGUUGAACAGCGACCUCUACGACAUCUACAGCGACGACGACCUGUACCUCAACAUGGGCGGCGAGAACUCAGCAGACGGUUGGGCCUGCUGGCACCGUGACGAGGUCCCAGGGAACUCCUUCAGCGCCGUCCUCACGCUGGAUCAGGAGGCUUUCGAGGUGGAACGGGCUUGUGAAGAGCGUCACUCCCUAUGGCGGCUGAGCUCCGACGUGGUGGUCGGCGUCAGCAGCGUCAGCCAGGACGACGUCUGCGAGGGCGCCGCGGACGUGGUCGACAGCCUCGGGUUCGGCAUGGGCGGCACCCACGCCAACAAGAAGCAACGCAGUGAGGGUGACGACGGUAUAUUCGAGGAGAAGCCUGCGGCCCUCGUCGCAGACAGCUACGUGGACGCGGAGAUGGACCAUGGGCCGAACCCCAUGGAGGACAAGCAAGAAGAUGGAGUUCAAGAGGAGAUCGAGAAGCCGUCCUCGCUGUUUGUCGAGUUCGAAGGUGGAGAUCCUGAGCAAGACAAAGAGUGCAUGGACAUGAUCAUGGCCAAGGGCGGUGAUCGUGAGGGCUUCCUAGGCUGGAUGCAGGCGCAGCCUGAGUGCCAGGGCGAGCUCAUG